AUGAAGUGGAGUGUGGUGUGGUUGUGUUUCUUCAGUGUUGCAGUUGAAAUCCAGGCCAAACUGGUUGGCAACCAUGUCAACAACAUUUGCAGCACUUGGGGAAGACAUCACUUCAAGACCUUUGAUGGUGAUGUGUACCAAUUUCCUGGCCCAUGUGAGUACAACCUGGUCACGAACUGCCGCGAAGCCGUGAGGAAGUUCUCAGUUCACAUUAGACGAGAGGAAAAUGAUGGAAAUAUUAUAAUAAAUUAUGUGGUGGUCACCAUCGAUGAAAAUACAUUCUACUUAAACAAGAGUCUGGUCACUGAAAACAACCAACUGGUCACUUUGCCACACUACAAUGGAAGGGUAAAGGUGGAAGAAAGCUCAUUUUACAUCAAGCUUCAAGCUUCCAAAGUUGGCAUCACUGUCAUGUGGAACCGCGAAGAUGCAGUCAUGGUGGAAGUUUUAAACAACUAUGUGAACCGUACUUGUGGACUCUGUGGAGACUUCAAUGGUGUUCCUGUCUAUGAUGAAUUCAUGGAUAAUGGUUUUAAAAUCAGCCCCAUUGACUUUGGAAACCGUCACAGAGUCAAUCUACCAAAUGAUAACUGUAAAGGCCCCCCUGUGAAAGAUUAUGAGUCAGAGGAGGCUCUGAAUGGGACAGAUCCAUGCAAAGCAUUUCAUACGACCUGUGAACAAAUGUUUCUCUCAGAGUCCUGGAGUUCAUGCUCUAACCUGAUUAACCCUGAAGAUUACAUCCAGGCAUGCGUGAUUGAUAUGUGUACCUGCAACAACAGCAGCAAUGACUUCUGUGCUUGCAGCACAAUGUCUGAGUUUUCUCAACAGUGUUCUCACGCAGGAGGACAGCCUCCCAACUGGAGGAGACCUGAUUUCUGUGCUAAACAGUGUCCCUACAACAUGAUGUAUGAAGAAAGUGCUUUUCCUUGCAUGGAUACUUGUACACAACAUUACACAAGAUCAGUGUGUGAGGACCACAAAAUAGAGAGCUGCUUCUGUCCUCCUGGAACGGUGUUUGAUGAUAUUUCAGUGAGGGGCUGCAUCCCUCGGUCUGAAUGUCAGUGCAAGCACGACAGAAUCUAUGACUCCGGAGAGGUCUACCAACAUGAAAAAACUAACUGUACAUGUUUAGAGGGGAGGUGGAAAUGUGCGAGUUUUGAAACAUCUGCUACAUGUGCAGUUGAAGAAGGUUCACAUUUUACAACCUUUGACGGUGCAACCUAUACAUUUCAUGGAAACUGUCUCUAUACCCUGGCCAAGGUGGAAAGCAAGGAUGGAGUAAGUCCAAACUUUACCAUCCGGGCCCAUUUGGGACCAUGUGCCCAAGAAAAGUACGACACUUGUCUAAAGGCUCUUAAAAUCCAUCUAGAUAACGACCACGUAUUAAUGUUCACAUCUGAGGGUGCAGUUAAGCAGAAUAUGGAGACAGUCAGUUUGCCCUACUACUCAGGGAACAUCAGAAUAGUUCAUGCUUCAUCCUUUCAUAUCUUGCUCUACACGAAGUUUGGUCUGCAAAUUCAGAUCCAGCGUGUCCCUGUCAUGCAAGCCUACAUCAGUCUGGAAAGCAGUUACAGAGAACAGACACAUGGUUUAUGUGGAAGCUUCAACAUGGUCUUAAAUGAUGACAUGAAGACUCCUCAGGGGAUCGUGGAGGGAACUGCAGUAACUUUCAGUAACUCCUGGAUGGCGAACACAUCAUGUUUAGGCAGUGAGGAAAGACUCGUUGACCCCUGUUCUGCCAGUAUAAAUAUUGAAAAAUAUGCCAAAGACUGGUGCGAAAUGCUCAGAAAUCCAAAUGGUACAUUUGCAAAUUGCCAUUCAGAGGUGAAUCCUGACAGCUACUACAAGCGCUGCCUUUAUUCCACCUGCAACUGUGAGAAAAGCGAGGAUUGCUUAUGUGCUGUCUUGACCUCUUAUGGUCGGGCUUGUGCAGCGAAGGGAAAAUUUGUGACAGAUUUUGGAAAUCAAUGUGAGAAACACACAAAGAACUGUCCAUCAACUCAGAUCUUCACUUACAAUCAUCGGAGGUGCCAGCUGACCUGUAGUUCACUGAGCUCGAAGCAGCAGAGCUGCACUUCACACUUCUUGCCUGUGGUUGGCUGUUUCUGCCCUGAGGGUCUCUAUCUGAAUGAAAAAGACACUUGUGUACCCAAAGAAGAAUGUUCCUGUUCCCAUAAUGAAGAUUACAUUGAGGCAGGAAAGUCUGUCAAUAUCAAUUCUGAGCACUGGAUGCAUCAGAAUGUGUACCUGGCUGCAUGUGCCCUUCAGGCCAGCUUGAUGAUGAGAAAUGUGAUCAUCCUCACAGAUGGUAAAAGUAAAAAGGAAGUUUUGGAAAAUGGCACUCAAAUAUCAUAUGAUAUAACAGAUCGUGGAUUCUAUAUUGUGCUGGUUUCUGACAUUGGUCUAACAGUGAUUUGGGAUCGCAAAACAUAUUUUGUCAUCCAACUGGAAUCACAUUACAAGGGUGAAGCAUGUGGCCUGUGUGGAAAUUUUGAUGGUAACGGACAGAAUGACUUCACCACCCGAAGUGGGUUGGUAGUGAGCAACCAAUUAGAAUUUGCAAACAGCUGAAAAGGUGACAGCUCUUGCUCAGAUGUGAAAAAGCUUGUUGACGCUUGUGAAGAAGCGCCUCAUCGAGACCACUGGGCUAAAAUGAAGUGCAACAUCAUAAAUGGAGACAAAUUUCAAGAAUGCCACUCCAAGGUAGAGCCCCGUCCGUUCUAUGAAAACUGUGUGAAAGACUCAUGUGCCUGCGACACUGGAGGGGACUGUGAAUGUUUCUGUUCAGCUGUUGCCGCUUAUGCCCAAGCUUGUAACAAAGCUGGUGUUUGCAUUUCAUGGAGAACUCCAGAAAUCUGUCCCGUCUUUUGUGAUUACUACAAUGAACAACAUGAUUGUUUAUGGCAUUACAGUCCUUGCACUCCAACCACAUACCAGACUUGUUCAAACUAUUUCUUACACGUUCCAAAUCUUGAAGCCACAACUACAAACACCACAUCAACUGAAUCUACAACUACAUCACCAACUACAACCAUGGAAUCCACCACACCCUCAACUAAGUCUACAACUGAAACAUCUACUACUACAACCACUACAACCCCAACAUCUACUAUCACCAUCACAUCACCUGAAUCUACAACUAUGUCACCAACUACCACAACACCCUCACGUAUAUCUACAACGGAAACACCUACUACUACAACCACUACAAUGACCACAGUAACUACAACUACAGAAUCAACAACAGCAACAGAAUCUACCAUUACAACUGAAAUACCAACUACGACCCCAAUAACUACAACGACCACAACUUUGACUAGUACAACAACAACUGAGUCUAAAACUACAUCACCAACUAUAACCACAGAAUCCACAACAUCCUCAAGUAAAUCUACAACUGAAACACCUACUACUUCUACAACAGAAACACCUACUACUACAACCACUACAACCACAACAUCUACUAUCACCAUCACAUCACCUGAAUCUACAACUAUGUCACCAACUACAACUGUAGAAUCCACAACACCCUCACGUAUAUCUACAACUGAAACACCUACUACUACAACAACUAUAAUGACCACAGUAACUACAACUACAGAAUCAACAACAGCAACAGAAUUUACCAUUACAACUGAAAUACCAACUACGACCCCAACAACUACAACAACCACAACUACGACCACCACAACUACAAACACCACAUCAACUGAAUCUACAACUACAUCACCAACUACAACCAUGGAAUCCACCACACCCUCAACUAAGUCUACAACUGAAACACCUACUACUACAACCACUACAACCCCAACAUCUACUAUCACCAUCACGUCACCUGAAUCUACAACUAUGUCACCAAAUACCACAACACCCUCACGUAUAUCUACAACGGAAACACCUACUACUACAACCACUACAAUGACCACAGUAACUACAACUACAGAAUCAACAACAGCAACAGAAUCUACCAUUACAACUGAAAUACCAACUACGACCCCAAUAACUACAACGACCACAACUUUGACUAGUACGACAACAACUGAGUCUAAAACUACAUCACCAACUAUAACCACAGAAUCCACAACAUCCUCAAGUAAAUCUACAACUGAAACACCUACUACUGCAGCCACAACUACAACCACCACAUCAACUGAAUCUACAACUACAUCCCCAACUACAACCAUGGAAUCCACAACACCCUCAACUAAGUCUACAACAGAAACACCUACUACUACAACCACUACAACCACAACAUCUACUAUCACCAUCACAUCACCUGAAUCUACAACUAUGUCACCAACUACAACUGUAGAAUCCACAACACCCUCACGUAUAUCUACAACUGAAACACCUACUACUACAACUACAAUGACCACAGUAACUACAACUACAGAAUCAACAACAGCAACAAAAUCUACCAUUACAACUGAAAUACCAACUACGACCCCAACAACUACAACAACCACAACUACGACCAGUACCACAUCAACUGAGUCUACAACUACAUCACCAUCCAUAACCACAGAAUCCACAACAUCCUCAAGUAAAUCUACAACUGAAACACCUACUACUGCAGCCACAUCUACAACCACCCCAUCAACUGCAUCUACAACUACAUCAACAACUACAACCAUGGAAUCCACCACACCCUCAACUAAGUCUACAACUGAAACACCUACUACUACCACCUCUACAACCACAACAUCUACUACCACCAUCACAUCACCUGAAUCUACAACUAUGUCACCAACUAACACUGUAGAAUCCACAACACCCUCACGUAUAUCUACAACUGAAACACCUACUACUACUACUACAACCACUACAAUGACCACACAAAACGACACCUUUUAUUUUUGCAACUGCACCAUGGCCAAAUGCAUUGGAAACAAUACUCUUGAAAUAGUGCCCUAUGAAUGUCCACCCAUGAAGAACAUAACUUGUGCCAAUGGGAAAACCCCUAUUCUUGUAUAUGAUGAAUAUCAUUGCUGCCAACAUUAUGAAUGUGACUGUGAGUGCGAAGGCUGGGGAGAUCCUCAUUACAUUACAUUUGAUGGGCUAUACUACAGUUACCAAGGGAACUGUUCCUAUUAUUUGAUGAGAGAAAUUGUACCAACACAUGGCUUGGAGAUUUAUAUUGACAAUGUCCAUUGUGAUUCUACCGAAAAUGUUUCCUGUCCUCAAUCUUUAAUUGUAAACUAUGGAGCACAAAGUAUCAAACUGAUCAAUUUUAAUGUCAAUGGUCGACCAGCCUUGAAGGCAUUUAAGAAUGGAGAAGGUCUAAAGCUACCUUAUUGGGAACACGGUGUUAAGGUGAUGAGCACUGGCAUUAAUUUAGUUUUAGAGAUCCUUCAUCUAAAAGUGAUUGUUAAAUUUGGAAGAACUGGCUUUAGCAUCACCCUACCAUAUCAGCACUUUGGAGGAAACACACAGGGUCGUUGUGGAACUUGCUCCAACAAUCAGGCAGAUGAUUGCAUGUUGCCGGGAGGCACAGUAGUGGAAAGGUGCAGUGUAAUGGCAAACUACUGGCUAAAAGAAGACAGAGAAAAACCUGACUGCAAAAUCCCAAAUACAUUGCCUAAGAAAGAAGAACUUCCUUUGGAACAACCUCCAUGCAAUUCUGGUUCUGUGUGUGAACUCCUUAAGAGCAGCGUUUUUGCUGAAUGCCAUCCAAAAGUGUCUCCAGACAAUUUCUACAAAGGAUGCAUUUUUGAUAGCUGCCAUGUUCACAGCCGGGUUUUGGAGUGCACAAGUUUGGAGAUCUAUGCUGCUGCCUGCGCUGAGAUUGGAAUUUGUAUUCACUGGAGGAAUUACACUAAACUAUGUGCCAGCGACUGCCCAUCAGACACAAUUUAUAGGCCUUGUGGACCUGCAGAUCAACCAACCUGUGAGGACAAUCCAAAUGAUCCAGUCAUGAACUUCACUACUGAGGGCUGCUUUUGUCCUGAAGGAAUGAAGCUGUUCAGCAAAGAAUCAAAAAUAUGUGUUAAAACUUGCGGCUGUCUUGAUCCUAAUGGGAUGCCUCGUGAGCUCAAUGAGACGUUUCAAUACAAAUGUCAAAACUGCGUUUGUGAUGGGUCCACCAAAACCGUGAUCUGCAAGCCUAAGAUGUGCCCAGUAAGAGCUGAAAAAAGAUGCACUGGUCCAGGAUAUGUUCUUGCCAAUCAGACUGAUCCAUUAGAUCCCUGCUGCACUGUCCACGUUUGCCAAUGUCAAAGCAGCGCUUGCCCGGUCAUCAACAUGAAUUGUCCAGUUGGUUUUAGGUCAAACAUCAUUGUUCCUGAGGGAAAAUGCUGUCCAGAACGUAGAUGUGAACGUAAAAGAGUCUGUGUCCAAAAUGAUGUUGAAUACUGGCCUGGUUCUUCAGUUCCAGGCCAGAAAUGUGAGAACUGCUUCUGUUCCACAAACUCUUCAUCUGGAGAUUUGAUGGCAAUAGAGUGUAAUCCUCAACAGUGUGAAGAAACAUGCAAAAAGGUCAGGUACUCUGAAGCAGCAGCUGCUAUGGAGCAUUCCUGCUCCUGCUGUAAGGAGACUCGCUCCAGCAAUCGCACUGUAGACCUGGUGUGUCCAAAUGGUGGGAGGGUCCCCUUCACUUAUAUGUAUGUGGAGGAGUGCAGCUGUGGCCACACCGAGUGCACCACACCUGCUAGACAACAUGUUCGCAGAAAGCGAAGCUUCACACUUCUGUGA